AAAAUUUGAAAAUGGAAGAGAAAUAACAACCGAUCCAAGCAGCCCAGCAGACGGGCUCUCUGAUUCGCAUUUUUUUUCUAAAUUUUUGUCCGGUCAAAAUUUUCGUACGAAAAAUCUUUUGAUUUCAUAGUUUUUUCUAUUUAUUUUUACAUCGGUUUCUUCAAAAUUACCAGUGAACAUCAUGCAGAGGGAGUGCAUCUCGGUGCACGUGGGGCAGGCGGGCGUACAGAUGGGCGUGGCGUGCUGGCAGCUGUACUGCCUUGAGCACGGCAUCCGACCCGACGGCACGCUGCCGGCCUGCGAGACUGACGUCAACGCCACCGACUCCUGCUUUAACACGUUCUUCUCUGAAGCUGACCGCGGCAAGAUGGUGCCACGGGUCGUGAUGGUCGAUUUGGAGGCUACUGUUAUAGACGAAGUCCGCAACGGUGAAUACCGGCAGCUGUAUCAUCCAGAGCAGCUGAUAACGGGCAAGGAGGAUGCAGCCAACAACUACGCUCGCGGCCACUACUCCACCGGCAGGGAGGUGCUGGGUCCAGUCAUGGAGCGAGUGAGGAAGCUGGCUGACCAGUGCACGGGACUUCAGGGUUUCUUCGUGUUCCACUCGUUUGGUGGUGGUACCGGCUCUGGGUUUACGUCACUUCUGAUGGAGAAACUUUCUGAUGAAUUUGGGAAAAAGAGUAAACUGGAGUUUGCCAUCUACCCAGCACCCCAGGUAUCGACUGCAGUAGUGGAACCGUACAACGCUGUGUUGACGACACACGCGACCAUCGGGCACUCUGACUGCGCGUUUAUGGUGGACAACGAGGCUAUCUACGACAUCUGCCGCCGGCGGCUGUCCAUCGAGCGGCCUUCGUACGCUAACCUCAACAGGCUGAUAUCACAGGUGGUGUCGUCAAUAACGGCAUCGUUGCGGUUCGAUGGCGCUCUGAACGUGGACCUGACGGAGUUCCAGACGAACCUGGUGCCGUAUCCGCGCAUACACUUCCCGCUCGCCGCGUACGCACCAGUCGUUUCUGCUGAUAAGGCGUACCACGAGGGCAUGUCCGUAUCCGAAAUCACAGCAGAGCUGUUCGAGCCCCAGAACCAGAUGGUUAAGUGCGACCCACGCGACGGCAAAUACAUGGCGUGCUGUCUACUGUACCGCGGGGACGUCGUGCCUAAGGACGUGAACGCGGCCAUUGCGGCCAUGAAGGGCAGGGCGGGGAUACGGUUCGUGGACUGGUGCCCCACUGGAUUCAAAGUGGGCAUCAACUACCAGCCGCCAUCGGUUGUCGUAGGCGGGGAUCUCGCGCAGGUGAAGCGCGCCGCGUCGAUGUUGAGCAACACCACCGCCAUCGCCGAGGCCUGGGGCAAACUCGACCACAAAUUCGACCUCAUGUAUUCCAAGCGGGCGUUCGUGCAUUGGUACGUUGGCGAAGGUAUGGAAGAAGGCGAGUUCUCAGAAGCACGCGAAGACUUAGCUGCCCUAGAGCGGGAUUACGACGAAGUAGGCAUUGAAACGUCAGACAUGCAGCCUGGCUGCGACGACGAGUUGUGACGUCAUCAGUUAUACGCACACGCGCCUUUGCCACUGUGGUAGCAUUCACUCCGACUUCAAACUAUUUAACUGAAGGGACUGGAGAUAUCCAUGUCCCACCGAUAUUCACAACCAUUUGAAUCCUGAAGUGAAGAACAGAUUUCUAUUUGACCGAAUGAAAUGAAUUAAAGCCGCUAAGGUGCUGAUAGGCGUGACAACACAGAUGACUUUCUCUAUGUAAUGAGAAGACCUGAAAUUUAUAGCCAGCUAACUAGAAGACUACAUAGGUGCUGGCCGAUUGCCUGCUGGAUUCAUAGAAAACUGAGUAUUGACGAACAGAACAGAUGUCCCAUGUACCGAGAUAGCACGAUUUCUAUCGAGAUCAAUUUAAUAAUGCUCUUGUCGUCGAACGAUUUGGCUGAGCGCGAAUAUUAGUUGGCGGCUGUAUCGUCGCCACCGAAGCGGACGCCACAAAACCGCGGCCGCAUUGAUAAUAUUGAUUAUGGCAGUUCAGUGGAAAUUUUUAAAGGUUCGAAAAUGUCCGCCAAGGUCGGACGAUGCGAGUUGCCUUCCCGCGACCAGGCAAAGGAGUAUAACAUUGUCAAGCUUCUGGAGCCAUAUUCUUAAUGCCACGACAGGCGCGUGAACUAGUUAUUUUCGUGCCGAGCGAUGGAAAGCUUAGUGAGCGAUUGACUAUAAAAUGUGUCUCCCUUGCUUGUUUUCUCCGUCCAGCAGUCUUGCGACGUGUUAUAUAUAGUUUUUUCUUUGGAUGUUUUUGCUAAAUUUUGAGCAAAUGCUGGACGAAGAAAUGUGAUUUUUUUUUUAUAUCUUUGAUUGAUUUUGGACGUGUUUUGUGGCGAAUCGCGCAGUGUGCGGUAAAUUUUGACUCUAUAUUAAGUGUAAAUGUGUAGUAGUUUGUGUCCGUCCAUUCGUGUCGUGGAAAUU